AUUGAUAUUCUAUGGACGAAAUUUUCGAUAUAAAAAUAUGGCUUGUCUCCCUCUCUACGUUAACCGCGCGCUUUUUCACCGUAUGAGAGCGAACUCUGUCAAAAUUAUUUAUUAUUUGUUUUCUGUUCGUCAAUAAUUUUACUCGACUUUGGGCUACAAAAAUAAUUUAAUUUGUGUUUUCUAAUGUAAGAUCAACAUUAUCUUGUAACAUCGUCUAAAUUUGACCAAUACGUUUUCUUUUCCAGAUAUUUUCUCCGUCAAUUGUCCCAGUAUUUCAAAACAAUGGCAUCCGAAGCGUCAUUAAAAAAACUCUGGGAGAGCAAAACCUUGUCGAGAGCGAAAUUACCCGACCUGAAACAAUAUCUCAAAUCCGUUGGUCUGCCCAUGAACGGUGACGCUGCCAAGCGAGUCAGUAUGUACAUGGACGUAAAAUUCAUGGAUCUCUUCGUCAUGCAAGAUGGUCAGAAGACCACCCCGUUCGAACUGAAGCAACCUGAGUUACGGAAAAUUGUGGCACAGCUCGGAAUGGACCCGACAGGCGAUAAAGACGAACUGCAUUCCAGUUUGAUUGAACAUUUGAAAGCAAAAGGUAAGACUAACGCUUCUGGUGAUGCCGCUGGCAGUAGUUCGGGAAGUAAUUCGAACGAACCACAAGGAAUCAUCGUUGCCAAGCAAAUAUUGGAAAUGCAAUCCGACUAUCAAUCCAUUUUGUCUGCAUCCGGAAUAAAUAUUACAACCGACUCUUCAGUGGCAACGAUGAGAAAAGCAUACCUCAAGCUUUCGCUGCUUAUACAUCCUGAUAAAUUGCAAAGCAUCUUCCCGGAUGCAACAAAGGCUUUUCAAUGUUUGGUCAAUGCGUAUGAAAGACUCUCUCAACCUGAACUCUUUCUGGAAGAGGAGGAAGAAGACAAAAAGAAAAAAGUGAUGCGAUCAAAUGACGACUGCCAUCGUACACAAGUAUUCUGUCCUCGUUGUAAAGCUGAGUGGGGAUUACCGGACAGCGGAGUGGAACCGUACGAUUACAAUUUCAUGAUGAUGGGACUAAAAACCUAUAAUUGUGCUCUCUGUCUCUUCGACUACGGAUGUAUGACCGCUAUCCACAAGUGCCCUUUCUGUCGAAAAGAAUUCGAAUAUCAUCCCGACGACUACCAUCGCAAAAUCAAAUGCUCGAAUGGCAAAUGCAACAAGCCAUUUGGAUUCUUCAUAUUUCACAUUUCCGAUCGUAGAGAGCGUGAAUAUCGUCAAGAGAUACGGGUGAAACGGGAGAAAAUCCUUAAAGAAAAGGAACAACUUGCUGAACGCGAGAGACGAGCACAGUCUCGACAAUCAAAAACUGAUCCGAAGGGCAAAGAGAAGCUGUUCGUAAUGAAUUUGUUGGACAAAUGCCCACGGUGCGGUGAGGAAUUGGAAGAAGACGGUUUAAACAUACGAUUCGAUCAUCUGAAAGGUUGCAAGGAUAAGGCGAAAAUAGCCGCUUACGAAAAGCGACUCAAGGAAGAGGAAGAAGUUGCUGAUGCGAAAAAGAAACUGCAAGAGAAGGAAGAGGAAGUACAAAACGUUCAGUCGUGGGAAUACUUGGGCGGAAAGACCACCGAAAUGUGGCUUCUAACUGAGAAACAGCUUCAAAAAAUGUGCGAAUCCUAUAAAUUGGAUAGCACCGGCAGUAAGGACGAGCUCAUAGCUAGAAUCGCACGGCAUCGUAAUUCGCUGGACUCCAAACGAAUGCUGACGCAAGGUGAGAGUGGCGACGAUGGCCCGGCAAAGAAGAGAAUGAAAAUAACGCUACAGGAUCUUCCGUCGAAUUUGGAGAGUAUGAGUGUCGCUCAGCUCAAAUGCGUUUGUGCAUCGUUCGGUAUUUCACCUCACAAAACCAAAUCAGCCAUCAUCGGGCAGCUGGAAAAGAUGGUGCAUGGAAAUGAAGAAUUUUUGCAGAUCACCGACGGAAAGAAGAAGAAAUAGUAGAGACGGGAAAUGAAACCUCUGGCAUUUAAGGUUUUUGAAAUAAAUUUGUUCGAUUAACAGAAAA